GUUAUACCACAAAGGUAGGAUAAAUAACUACGCUGGAAGUCGCUGACAGUGCUGAUGUCAUGAAGCUAAAAGCUGGCGGUUAUUUCACUACAAGCUUCGCAGCUGUGAAGGAAGAGGAAAAGCUCCGGGCUGUGAUGCCGCUGGAUGAUGGCUGCUUUUGGGAUCCUGAGUUACGAACAUCGGCCCUUAAAGCGGCCUCGCCUCGGCCCUCCGGACGUGUAUCCCCAGGAUCCGAAACAAAAAGAGGACGAGUUGACUGCACUGAACGUGAAGCAAGGAUUUAACAAUCAGCCCGCAGUGUCUGGCGAUGAACACGGCAGUGCUAAAAAUGUCAACUUCAACCCUUCCAAGAUCAGCUCCAACUUCAGCAGCAUCAUUGCGGAGAAGUCGCGCUACAACACAUUCCCGGAUACAGGAAAGAGAAAACCACAGGUCAACCAGAAGGAUAAUUUCUCGUUGGUCACAGCAAGGUCGCAGAGCUCCAUCAAUAACUGGUUCACUGAUUUGGCCGGAACUAAGCCUUUAACUCAACUUGCAAAAAAGGUUCCAAUCUUCAGUAAAAAGGAGGAGGUUUUUGGGUACUUGGCCAAGUACUCGGUACCCGUAAUGCGUUCGGCAUGGAUGAUCAAGAUGACGUGCGCGUAUCAUGCUGCGAUCACCGAGACUAAAGUCAAGAAGAGGCACGUGAUCGAUCCUUGUAUUGAAUGGACCCAGAUCAUCACUAAGUACCUGUGGGAGCAGCUUCAGAAAGUGGCGGAGUUUUACCGACAGUUUCCCAGUCAGGGCUGCAGCUCUCCGCUCCCUGCCACUCCCACUGACGUGGAGACGGCCACGAAGCAGUGGGAGUACAACGAGAAACUGGCCAUGUUUAUGUUUCAGGACGGCAUGUUGGACAGGCACGAGUUCCUGACUUGGGUGUUGGAGUGUUUCGAGAAGGUGCGUCCCGGCGAAGACGAGCUUCUGCGACUCCUGCUGCCUCUUCUGCUGCAGUACUCAGGGCAAUUUGUACAGUCGGCCUAUUUAUCACGGAGACUGGCUUACUUCUGCACACGUCGUCUCAAUAUGCUGCUCAGCGAUGGGAGCCUCGGCCCCGGUGCCGGAGGGCAUCCGGGCCACGGCAUCCUGGCGCAGCAAGGCGGCGCCCUGCCCACCACCCCGACCUCACAGCCAGCAGGGGGAAACCAGCCUCAGACGCCCUUCACUGAUUUCUACAUCUGCCCACAGCACCGGCCCCUGGUGUUUGGCCUCAGCUGCAUGUUACAGAGCAUCGCGUUGUGUUGCCCCAGCGCUCUGGUGUGGCAUUACUCCCUGACAGACAGCAGAAACAAGACUGGUUCUCCUCUGGACCUCCUCCCCAUCGCUCCGUCCAGUUUACCGAUGCCGGGAGGCAACACAACCUUUACACAGCAGGUCCGUGUGAAGUUGAGAGAAAUAGAGGAGCAAAUUAAGGAGCGAGGCCAGGCGGUGGAGUUCAGGUGGUCGUUUGAUAAGUGCCAGGAGACCACGGCGGGGUUCACCAUCGGACGAGUUCUUCACACCCUGGAGGUUUUAGACAACCACAGUUUUGAGAAGUCCGACUUUAACAACUCGCUGGAUUCGCUCUACAACCGCAUCUUUGGCUCAGGACAGAGUAAAGAUGGCCACGAAAUGUCUCCCGAUGACGACGCCGUGGUCAGUCUGCUGUGCGAGUGGGCAGUUUGCUGUAAACGCUCAGGCAGACACAGAGCCAUGGUGGUGGCCAAGCUGCUGGAGAAGAGACAGGCAGAAAUAGAAGCUGAGAGAUGUGGUGAGUCAGAGGUUGUGGAUGAAAAGGGCUCCGUAUCUUCAGGCUCCCUCUCUGCCGCUACGUUACCAGUCUUUCAGGAAGUGUUGCUGCAGUUCCUGGACACUCAGGCUCCAACGCUGACCGAGCCUGGAAAUGAAAGCGAACGAGUGGAGUUCUCCAACCUGGUCCUGCUCUUCUGCGAGCUCAUCCGACAUGAUGUUUUUUCGCACAACAUCUACAUGUGCACGCUCAUCUCCCGCGGCGACCUGGCCUCUGACUCCCACCUGCCGCGCCCUCGCUCCCCCAUCGACGAGCCCUCCGACGAAUCCGAACGCAAAGAGCAGGAAGCGGGUGGCAACAUGAAGAUGGAGGACACUGGUCUGUCAGAGUCCAUGGAGAUUGAUCACAACUCAAGUGCACACUUUGAUGAGAUGUUUUCCCCUCCCAUGCACUGCGAGUCUAAGGGCAGUCCGUCUCCUGAGAAACCAGCUCUGGACCAGGACAACAAGGCGGGCUGUAAAGACAAAGGCCUGGACCCAGCUUUUCCUCAGCUGUACGAACAACCACGGCACAUUCAGUACGCCACUCACUUUCCCAUUCCACAGGAGGAGAGCGCCAGCCAUGAGUGCAACCAACGGCUGGUGGUUCUGUACGGCGUGGGCAAACUGCGAGACGAGGCGAGGCACACCAUCAAGAAAAUCACCAAAGACAUCCUGAAGGUGCGGAACCGUAAAAUCACAGCAGAAACAGGUGGUGAGGAAGGACAGAAGAGGAAGAGGAGUAAGCCCGAAGCUUUCCCCACCGCCGAAGAUAUUUUCUCCAAAUUCCAGCACCUCUCUCACUUUGACCAACACCAGGUCACUUCACAGGUUUCCAGAAACGUCCUGGAACAGAUCACCAGCUUUGCCUUAGGAAUGUCCUACCACCUUCCUCUGGUCCAACACAUUCAGUUCAUCUUCGACCUCAUGGAGUAUUCCCUCAACAUCAGCGGCCUCAUUGACUUUGCCAUUCAGCUUCUGAACGAGCUGAGUCUGGUGGAGGCCGAGCUGCUGCUCAAGUCGUCCAGUCUGGUGGGCAGUUACACCACCAGCCUGUGUCUGUGUAUCGUAGCUGUGCUCAGAAGAUACCACUCUUGCCUCAUCCUCAAUCCCGAGCAGACUGCACAAGUUUUUGAUGGGUUACGUAUUGUGGUGAAGUCCGGCGUGAACCCAGCGGACUGUUCCUCGGCCGAGCGCUGCAUCCUGGCCUACCUGUACGAUCUUUACACCUCCUGCAGUCACCUGAAGAACAAGUUUGGUGAAAUUUUCAGUGAGUUUUGUUCUAAAGUGAAGAACUCCAUCUACUGCAACAUCGACCCGUCGGACUCCAACAUGCUGUGGGAUCCUGUUUUCAUGAUGGAGGCCAUUGCCAAUCCGUCAGCCCACAACUUCAACCACUCCAUGGUGGGCAAGAUCCUCGACAGCCCGGCCAACCGCUACAGUUUUGUGUGUAACGUUCUCAUGGACGUGUGUGUCGACCACAGGGACCCUGAGAGGUGAUUGGAUUUUUCUUCACUCCUAUUAGUUUACCGUAUUUUCCGGACUAUAGAGNNNCUGGGCAUCCUCAAAGCUCUCUGCUGCUCCUCCAACAACGGAAACUGUGGCUUCAAUGAUUUACUGUGUAAUGUAGAUGUUAGUGAUUUAUCCUUCCACGAUUCCUUGGCGACGUUUGUAGCCAUCCUCAUAGCACGACAGUGCCUUCUUCUGGAAGACUUGGUUCGCUGUGUGGCCAUUCCUUCACUUCUGAAUGCAGCCUGCAGUGAGCAGGACUCAGAACCUGGAGCCAGACUCACCUGCAGGAUUCUGCUGCAUCUUUUCAAGACACCACAGCGAAACCCCGUCCCCCAGGAUGGAGUCAAGUCAGAUAAAUCCGCAGUGGGAAUCCGCUCAUCGUGUGAUCGCCACCUGCUGGCUGCCUCUCAGAACAGCAUUGUUGUUGGAGCUGUGUUUGCUGUCCUCAAAGCUGUCUUCAUGCUCGGUGAUGCUGAGCUGCGAGGCUCUGGACUGUCCCACCCUGCUGGUCUGGACGACAUAUCCGAGGGACGCAAUGUCUCCAUAGAAACAGCCAGCCUGGAUGUGUACGCAAAGUAUGUUCUAAAGACCAUCUGUCAACAGGAGUGGGUUGGAGAGCGCUGUCUGAAAUCUCUGUCCGAGGACAGCAGCGCCCUCCAGGACCCGGUGCUGGUCAAUAUUCAGGCCCAGCGGCUGCUGCAGCUCAUCUGUUAUCCUCACCGUCAGCUGGACAGUGAUGAUGGAGACAACCCCCAGAGGCAACGCAUCAAACGCAUUUUACAGAACAUGGAUCAGUGGACGAUGAGGCAGUCAUCUCUGGAGCUGCAGCUGAUGAUCAAACAGAGCACAAACAAUGAGCUGUACUCACUGUUGGAAAACAUAGCUAAGGCCACCAUUGAGGUGUUCCAGAAAUCAGCUGAGAUGAAUUCCAAUAACCUCUCAGGAAACAUGGCAGCCGUGCAGGGAGGCUCAGCUUCCAACAGCAGCAGCAGCAGCAGCAAGAUUAAACCUAUUUUAAGCUCCUCAGAGCGUUCAGGUGUCUGGCUGGUUGCUCCACUCAUCGCCAAACUGCCGACUUCAGUCCAGGGCCACGUAUUGAAGGCAGCUGGAGAGGAGCUGGAGAAAGGGCAGCACCUGGGUUCUUCAUCCCGUAAAGAGAGAGACCGUCAAAAACAGAAAAGUAUGUCUCUGCUGAGUCAGCAGCCGUUCCUGUCUCUGGUGCUGACCUGUUUGAAGGGACAGGAUGAACAGAGGGAAGGUCUGCUCACGUCACUCUACAGCCAAGUGCAGCAGAUCGUCACCAACUGGAGAGAAGACCAGUAUCAGGACGACUGCAAGGCCAAGCAGAUGAUGCACGAGGCUCUGAAGCUACGCCUCAAUCUGGUUGGCGGCAUGUUUGACACAGUGCAGCGCAGCACGCAGCAGACGACUGAGUGGGCAGUGCUGCUGCUGGACAUCAUCAGCAGCGGGACGGUGGACAUGCAGUCCAAUAAUGAACUCUUCACCACUGUGUUGGACAUGUUGAGCGUCCUGAUCAACGGCACUCUGGCUGCGGACAUGUCCAGUAUCUCUCAGGGCAGCAUGGAGGAGAAUAAAAGAGCCUACAUGAACCUGGUCAAGAAGCUCAGGAAAGAACUGGGUGAUCGUCAGUCUGAAAGUUUGGAAAAAGUUCGUCAGCUGCUGCCAUUGCCCAAACAAACCCGUGACGUCAUCACCUGUGAACCUCAGGGCUCGCUGAUUGACACCAAGGGCAACAAAAUUGCUGGAUUUGAAAAGGAGGGUCUUCAAGUCUCAACUAAACAGAAGAUCUCUCCGUGGGACGUCUUUGAGGGUCUCAAACACUCGGCCCCUCUCUCCUGGGGCUGGUUCGGGACUGUGCGUGUGGAUCGGAAGGUCACCAAGUUCGAGGAGCAGCAGCGCUUCCUGCUUUAUCACACUCACCUGAAGCCCAAGCCUCGCAGCUACUACCUGGAGCCCCUCCCUCUGCCUCCUGAGGAGGAGGAGCCUCUGACUCCUGUGUCUCAGGAACCGGAGAAGAAGAUGAUGGAGGUGGUGAAGCCUGAGAAGAGCGUGCCUGGAGUUCCGUCUGACACCAGCAAGAAGAAGUCCAACAAGAAGAAAAAAACCAACGCCACUAAAGCGGAGCCGGAGUAUGUGAACCGGCAAUCAGUGGGCGUGGGCUACGGGACAAACAUGCCUCCUGACCUGAUCCAGAACCCGUAUGGACGUGGUCCGUACAGUCAUCAAGCCAUGAACAUGUAUACACAGAACCAACCUCUACCUCCAGGAGGUCCAGGGCUAGAACCUCCAUACAGACCUGCCAGAAACCCACAGAUGAAUAAAAUGAUGCCCACUCGACCUAGCCACCCUGGAAUGAUGCCCAACAUGCAGGGAGGCAUGCCGGGCAUGAUGGGACUGGACAAACAAUUUAUGGGUUACAAACCACAGCAGGCCAUGCCCCAGAGUCAGAUACUGCGACACCAGCUACAGGUCAGACUGAACCACAGCAUGAUCGGACAGCAGAUGAGACAAAUUACACCCAACCAACCGUACACACAAAUGCAGGGCUCACAGACAAUGCCUCAGGGCUACACCACCUAUGGAUCACACAUGGUAAUGCAGCAGCAUCCGUCCCAAGGUGGCGGUAUAGUUCCACCCUCCUAUGGGAAUCAGAACUUCCAGGGUACCCAUCCUGGAGCCAGUCCAGCUGUGGUGGAUCCUCAUCGACACAUGCAGCAGAGACCGAGUGGCUACGUUCACCAGCAGGCUCCGGGCUACGCUCAGAACAUGCAGAACACACAGAGAUUCCCUCAUCAGCCAAUGCAGCAGAACCCCGUCAUGCACGGUCUGAGUCACAUGGGAGGUCAGGGUGUCCAUAUUGGCCUGAGGCCCAAUCAGAUGCUGACAGAACAGCAGCAACAGCAGCAGCAACAAGCGGCACAGCAACAGCAGUUCUUGAGACAACAACAUCUCAGACAGCAGCAGCAGCAGCAACAACAGCAGGCUCAACAGGUCCAACAGCAACAGCAGCAACAACAACAACAACAACAACAACAACAGCAGCAGCAGCAGGUCCAGCCUCAACAGGUUCCUCCUCAGCAACAGGUGCCACAGCAGCAGCAGCAGCAACAACAACAGCAACAGCAAGUGUCAGCAGUGCCACCACCAGGCCAAACACAGAACCAGGGGCUGGGUAUGCAGCCGCUGCCACCUCAGCAGCCGCUGUUCCAGCGUCAGGGGAUGCAACAGACACAGCAGCAGCAGCAGACAGCAGCGCUGGUCAGACAACUGCAACAACAACUGUCAAACACACAACCAGGACAAGGAACCAACUCGUAUUACUGAUGCAGACACGACGCCUAGACCAUGUCCUAAACCUGAGCUCUGUUUACCAUCAGCUGUGAGUGGCUUUUACUCUUGUGUAGAUGUUUUCAGGACCAACACGACAAACUCCAUCAGGAACUCUCUACAAGAUCUACAAACAUCUGGACUGGACCGUGUCAUGUAGUUAUGGAUGUUCUGGAGAUAGAUGAUUCUGCUGUGAUGACCACAGAUAAUAAUGGUUAAUAAUGGAAAUGUAAAAAAGUACCAGAAACUAUAAGAAUGCAUUUUUUUAAUUUUAUUUCGAUUUGUACAAUUUUUUUCAGUUUGGUGUCUUUCUCAUUAAAAAAAUCCUGUCCGUUCUUCUAUGUCCUGUACAUAUUUGCUCUCUGAAGAACUGUGGUUCUUUUUGUCAUGGUACAACAAUUCCAGCAUGAUUUUUUUUGUUUUAAAUGGCAGUAUUUAA